GAGGCACAACCGAACAAAGGAGCAGUUUCGCAAAAUUUGACUUUUUAAAAACAAUAUCUAGUUGCUCAUGAUAGUAAUUUACUCCAAAGUGUCUUUUUAGUUCAAAUAAGGAUUGAUAUCCUAAGUAGUUGUUGAACGUAAUACUGAACAUCACUAUGAAUACCUCUAAGGCAGAGAAUGGCACGUUGGUCGAGGAGGGAUGUGAUUACUGUGAAUAUCCUCCGGAUAUUGUGGAGAUACAUGUAGCAGCAUCAUUCAUUGUUCCAAUGAUGGGGUAUGCCUACCCGAUCCUUGCUCUUUUGACGAUACUUACAAAUGUGAUGGUGGUGGUGGUGUUUACAAUGAAGAUAAGGACACCAACCUCAAUCAUCCUGGUUGCUCUCGCUUUGUCAGACACCUUGACCUGUCUCUGUAUGUUGCCUGAUUCUGUGUAUUUUUACACCUUGAAGAACUACCAAACGUACGUGCCUUUCGGAUGGUGUGUAUACCGCCAGUACAUUGUAGCGGGUCUGUAUAGAGUGAUGAGAACAUGCUCAAAUUGGAUAACCUUAAUGCUUGGCCUCCAGAGGUAUGUGAUUGUGCGUCUUCCCUUCAAAGCUAACCGAAUUUGUACAGCAAGGCAUUCUGUUCUUGCUUGUAUCGCUGCUUGUGUCAUUGCUAUUAUAAUUCAUCUUAAUCUUUUCCUGAUCUUCGAAGUGAAACCAUUUCCAGUUUCUUCGGAGACAAAUGAAACACUCGAGAAUGCAUGCUAUUUACAAGUUCCUGAAUAUUAUAUUCAAUCAGUUGAAGACAUAGGUAAAGCCAUAUGGAUGUACUUCAUCAUAUCCGGCAUUUUCUCCCGAUUCUUGCCAUGUCUUCUGUUGCUGAUUUUUACAUGCCUACUUGUGUUUGAACUUCGAAAAAGUCAACAAUUAAUCUCCAAUGCGUGUGAAAACGCGCUCUCUAAAAGGAACAAUCAACAAAUCACACAAUCUGUUGUGGCCGUUCUUCUCAUAUUUCUCAUUUCCGAGCUUCAUGAUGCCGUAGCGUUCGGUAUUUACGCGUACGAGAUAGCGUCUGAUCGGUUGGCGUCAGUUUUGACAGAGAAUGUGGAUGCUAUUUGGGAUUACGUAGGAGUUAUGCUGUCCCUGGUUGGAUUCCAGUGCAAUUUCUGGAUUUACUUGCUGAUGAGCUCUCUGUUCAGAUCAGCCAUGAAAAACAUAUGUUCGCUAUCACACCGUCGCCAGAGUGAGACAACUAUGCUGUCUUAUCUUCAGGAAAAUCGCUCCCUGAUCAAGGUCACCAAGACGAGUUCAGAUAAAUAGGAAUCGUUUUGCACUAAAGGUGACAGCUAAUAGAAUUAAAGUUUACUUCUGAUCAGUUUUUAUUUGUAUUUAAAACACACAUAAGUUAUAAUCAUAAUACAAAUAUGUGUCAUUAUAUAAUCGAACUUUUGUCGUA